GGAAGCUCUUACUAGUGUGUUGGUUACUAGUGGAAUAACCCAUCAGAUUCUCAUCCUCGUAAUUUUAUCAUAAAAAGAAUGUUAAAAACACAUAACGAACACUGCAAGGCUCCUGGCAGUGUGAAAGUCUCCAAAUCCAGCACCUUCCAUCAUGGCUCUAAACGUGGGGUAGAGAAUCAGGACCCCUCUGCUCCAGAGAGGGGUGCAAUUACAGCCAACAAACUGAAAGGGGUGAGCAGACUUCCUGUACUGGUGAAAUCCCUUCAAUUGCCAGCCACUACUGACCCCACUCAAAUGAAAUGGCAAGAGAGACCUCUAUUGGGGAAAGAGAAGAGGAAGAAGGCAUGUACCAAGCCCCAGCCAUUCAAUCUGUCCCAGCCCAGAGUCAGCAGACUGGGGACACUGAAGCAGGAGCCGGCCUCUUUAGGAAACACCGGAACGCUCAGGACGCUUCCAACCACUCGGCCCGCCCGGCCUCGUCCUGCGAAGACACAGAGCACUCUCCACCCCAAACCAAAGACUGGCACUGCUGUACCCGUCAGAACUAAGCCGGCUGAGCCAGGCACUUUCUGCGGUGCUUCCAAGAACAUUGGGAGUCUCCCAGCACAGACGUCCAACCCACUGAAUGGAGCAACAGUAGACCAGUGCCACAAUGUGCUCUCCAGGCUAGGACACGGGGGUUCCACGACAAAGAAACAGACGUUCCACGGAGAACCGGACUCACUUCCCACUUUACGCUGUGCUGUUCCAGAAAGUCACGCCACAGAUAAAACGGCGACCCUGUUAGAUGUGUUCAAAGACAUUAGUACACAUCUCAGCGGUAUUUCACUCGCCUCUUCAAAGCAUGCAGCCAGUGCCCUAGAUGAUGGUCUAUCUGAAGCCUGUGGCCAUAACACCCCAUUCAGAACUCCCCGCAGCCACGCCGCUCCUCAAAGGGUAGCUGUGAAAACAAAGAGCCAGACAGCCCACCCUACCCCCGGUUUCUGCAAACCUGGCAACACAACAGAUGGGUUCUGCCCUGACCCCUCUGCCCUCCGCAGUAUCUUGCAGUCUGAGGGGGUGAGUGCCAGUGGACUGCAGGGCACCGCCCCACGCCCCUCCUUCUGCCCCUCUGGACGUGCCACCUCUGUCUAUCUGCCCCAGAGGGUGUCCGUGUUGAAGAGCGCCCAACGGAAAAAAGCUGAAUCCAACACCGGAAAAGCCCAGACCUUCCUCCCCGACCCAGCAGCUCUCGGCAGCAUCCUGCGGAAUGAAGGCGUUCAGCCUGGGGGGCAUUUAGGGGGAGCCACCCCGUCAGGAAGGGCCACCUCCAUCUACACAGCUCAGAGAGUGCCUGUCUCAAAGUCUCGGACUGAAGGAGGUUCUGGAGCCCCGGAGAUCUCGGUGACCUUCUCUCCUGACCCGGCCGCCCUCAGCAGCAUUCUGCGGAACGAAGGCAUCCAGGCAGGGGGAGCCACACCCCACGCCUCAGCCUGCCCCUCUGCCAGGGGCACCUCCAUCUACACAGCUCAGAGGGUUCCCGUGACGAAAUCUCGAGCUGAAAUAAUCGCAGCAUCGCUAGGCCCAGUCAGGUCCAGUCCCAGCCUUACCCCUGCAGUCAAAUGGACACCAUUAAGAGUCCCCAACACCAAGCCACAGUCUACGAAAAGGCUCCUGUCUGUUUACCGCACUCCCAAGUUCAGUGGCUCCCCAGGCCUCAGGGGUGUCCAGCCCCCCAGCGCGGAGCUUCCUGCCCACAAAGAGGACGAUGUUGUUCAGACGCUCUUUAAGGAGCAGGAAGAGGAGGAGAAAAUGGAGGAUGACGACGAGGAGCCUCAGACUGUCCCUGAGCUGGAAGCAGAGGCCAAGCCCCUCGUGACUGAGGAAGCAGAGAUGGCUGGCCCCCAGCAGGCCGAGGAGACGGGGAGCCGCGGGCCAUUCCUCCAGGCCGUGCACAGGGAGUCGGUCAUCAUGCUGUGCUCGGGGCAGAAUCUCUUUAGGCAGACGCCUGCACGAGGGACCACCCCGGCCACCGACACCCAGGCCCCGUCCAGCACCACGAAGCCCCACUGCCCCAGCACACGGCCAGUUGGCACGCUGCCCGGGCCCCUCCAGCAGCCCUCGGGUUCAAAGGUCACCACCAACUUGGAGAGCACCGUUCCUACUAAGGUCACUUCACUCUGUCGAAAGAGAGCAGCAUUGGAGCUGCGCAGACGGCUGCCCGCACUGGAGGAGUUGUUUCUGGAUGAAGAGUGUGCCACCUACAUGUCCCAACCCCAGUACUGCGCAGCAUUGCCUCGCUGCUCCAACCCUGUGGCCAACAGACUCCUCUUCCAGGACUCCACUUGUUUCUUGCCAAUUGGCCAACUGACCUCUCCCAGCCCGACUUCAUGUGCUGUGUGACCGGGGGGUCGUAUCUACUCCUCAUUCUUCACUCCAGUGAGGACCAGACUGCACCGCUCGGUGUUCCCAAGGCUUAGAAGGGUGGUUGGCAGCACUUCACAGA